ACGCGCCGGGCCAGAGUUCUGCACUGGCUGGUACUGUGCAUCGUUGCCAGUCACUUGGGGCGGGCCCAGCGCUUCCCACGCAGGCUUCGACCCCGACAGACGGACCCCUAGGUGGGGAAACUGCAGCCUCCUGGGUUUCCAAUCUGCUGCAGUGACCGCCGCGCUAAAGCUCGCCGGCGCCAUGACGCAGCCUCGGCACUCUGCGGCCCUGGCAGGAGCGAGCACGACGCAUGCUCGGAGCUGCGCUGCCCGCGCGCUCCUCCCUGGCCCCGCCCUCUAAGCACCGCCCCUCGCUCUGCACCUCCCCCUAGGCUGCGGGCUCCGAGCGAGAGUCGCACCGCGCUGCAGCGGCCCGGGUCUGCACCGCCGGUGGGAGGCACGCGCACCGGCCGCACCCCUGUCCAGCAUGUCUGCUCUCGAGUGGUACGCCCACAAGUCCCUGGGCGAUGGCAUCUUCUGGAUCCAGGAACGAUUCUACGAGUCGGGCAACCGCGCCAACAUCUGGCUGGUCCGCGGGUCCGAACAGGACCUGGUGAUCGAUACGGGCCUGGGUCUGCGCAGCCUCCCCGAAUACCUGUACUCCUCCGGCCUGUUGCAGGACCGCGGGGCCAAGGAGGACGCGCCGCGCCGGCCGCUGUUGGCAGUGGCCACCCACGUGCAUUUCGACCACUCGGGAGGGCUCUACCAGUUCGAUCAGGUGGCCGUGCACCACGCCGAGGCCGAAGCCCUGGCUCGGGGGGACAACUUUGAGACGGUGACCUGGCUGUCGGACAGUGAGGUGGUGCGGGCACCCAGCCCGGGCUGGAGGGCCAGACAGUUCCGCGUGCAGGCGGUGCAGCCUACCCUGGUCCUGCAGGACGGUGACGUGCUCAACCUCGGUGACAGACAGCUCACGGUCAUGCACAUGCCGGGUCACUCCAGGGGCAGCAUUUGCCUACAUGACAAAGACCGGAAGAUUCUCUUCAGUGGGGAUGUGGUCUACGAUGGGUCUCUGAUUGACUGGCUGCCAUACAGCAGGAUAAGCGACUAUGUGGGCACCUGCGAACGUCUGAUCGAGUUGGUGGACCGGGGCCUGGUCGAGAAGGUGCUUCCUGGCCACUUCAAUACCUUUGGUGCAGAAAGGCUUUUUCGGUUGGCUUCUAACUAUAUCUCAAAAGCUGGCAUAUGUCACAAAGUGUCUACUUUUGCCAUGCGAUCCCUUGCGAGUUUAGCUCUCCGUGUAACAAAUUCUAGGGCCUCACCCUAGGAUCCACACUGUGCGCUGUUCUAUUAGAUGUGUCAGCUAACUCAGUUCAGUUUGUGCAGUUUGAAAUGGUGAACCUGAGGAUUUCAAGGAGUGCUUUUAUAGCCCUAUCGUGUGUUAGAGAGAAAAGACGGAGAAUGAUAUGCCAAAAAGAAAGGUCUUAGUUUUUUUUUUUCUCUCAAGUAAGAAACAACUUAAAUAAGUUUAUAAUUUGCCAAAGCUGUCAUUUUGUAUUAUUUGCUCUAAAAAUGCCACUGAAUUCAGAAACAAAGAAUAGAAAAGUAAGAAGGCAUUUUAUAGCAAGAGAAAGAACUUUCCUUGCCCACUUCCUUCGUUUCCUGGAUCACCUGGGAAAAAAAAUAGUUCUAUGCUUAUCCUCUAACCUUGUGUAUUAUUUCCUUCUUUAGAAAUAAAGUUCCUUGGGUUUAAUAUUCACAAAUCCACAUUUUGAAUGACAGGUAAAACAUCCUGUGGUAUGGGCCUCACUCUUUAAUGCUCCCUUAAUUAAUUUAUUAUUUAUGUAAUAUAGCGUACAUAUAUGCUGUGUAAUUUAGCUCAUGAAAAAUAUAAAUUCUGUUUUAUUGCAAAGCUUUAAAUAUAAAUUGCAGAAUGCUUUAGUAAAAGGUUUAUAUUGUUGUCUGUUAUUAUGUAAGUAAUAUUUUCAAUGCUAAAAGUAAAAUUCAGAUAUAUGUAAUCUAACUGCAAACUGUCAGAUUUCUCAAAAGGACACUGUCAGGCAAAUUUGAAAAUAUACACAUUGAAAAUAAUUUUUUAUUAUAUCCUAUUUUAAUAUUAACAGCUACUGUAAACAAAAUUUGUCUUGUUAAAUAGCGACUUCAGUAUUGUGUCAUAUUUUACAGAAGUAUAGAGGUCUAUGACAUCUUGAUAUGACCAUUCUUUUAGUUAACAUAUAUAUGUAUCAUGAAAGGAUUUUGAAAUUAAUUGCAAAGCGUGCGUUAAGUAUUGACCCGAGUGACUUGCCUUUCUUAUCCUGAUUCACAACACCUCUUCCUGCUCAGUAUUCAUUGUCUUAAGUGAAAAAAAGUCUAUGUUCAGAAAAUCAUAGGAAAAGUUCAAUUACUAUUAAUAAUAUGCUUUGGAUUGGUGCUCUUAAUAAUUUAUUUAAAACCCUUUUUGAACUAUUUCAUAAAGGUUUUUUAGACAGUUUUUCACUACUUUUCUAUUAUUAACAUAUCUAAAACCAAAUGUUAUGAGCUUUGGAAAUUAGAUCUUUCAGUAUUAGAAAGGUCCAACGAUUUUGAUUUCUGUCAAAUUAUGUAACUUUUUCUACCCUGCAGACACCUAGAUUCUUUAGGUUUUUAAAAUUCAUUUAGUGCACGCACACACACCCCCCCGCAUGCACAUGCAUGUACUCAUAGCCACAUACAUAUAUGCACAGUACUGCGAUAAACACUGUGGAAACUUCAGAAGUCAGAGACAUUGUAGCUGGAAGUUGAAGGCACACAAAACAUGAAUGGUUAUAUAUGCAAAUAGAACUUAAUAUAAAAAAUACAUGAGUGUAAGGUACAUAGAGGGAUGAGUGUGAGAUUUGCUUAGAGAAAAUAUUCUGGAGGAGGUUUUGAGUCAGAAAUAGAAGAUGGAUUUGUUCAGUGUCAGGGCAGGAAACAAAACAACCCUAUGAUAGGGAAGUAAGAUUUACUGUAUAGAGUAGUUUAUUCUUUGUGACAGUACAAAUUUACAUUUUAGGAAUCCCAGUUGUUCCAAGCACCAUGUAUUCAGCAUGAGAAAGACUGGUUUGUGAUUGUGUAUACAAGUCAUCUUUCAUGACAAAUGUGCUCAACUGCCACACGCCACCAAAUGAACCUUCACGUAGAGUCAGAAAGGAGGCUGUGAUUGGUUCAAAUACAAAAUCCCAUGAGACUUCUCUGGGAUGGUCGCUCAAGGCAGGAGGUUGGUUUCAAGUGAUAGUACAACAUCCAGAAUAUAGAUUUGGUUCAGGGCAAUUACAAUCACAUAUGAGCCUUAAAUAUAGCCAUUAUUUUUAUAUCAGUAGCACAAAAGAAAACCAAAAGUCCUUAACCGCUGACCAUUUUAUCAUUCUUUAGGAAUUUUUUUUAAAAUCAGGGUAUAGUAGGCAUUAAGUUUUAGUAGUAAAUAUUGACUCCUGCUGAGGGAUUUCCUUAUUUAUUAAAAGUGCAAUUUUUUCAGAAUAUAUUAACAUUAUUUUAAUUCCCCAUUUUCUUUUUUCAAUUUUUCAAAUUGUAAUCCAGUGUAAGACUGUGAAGUUUUGCUGUUGCUACAAUGUCAAUAAAAUGAGAAUAAGUUGGGGAAGGAUAUCAUUGAGUACCCAUGUUGUACAUUUUGAAUAUGCAUUGUUUAGUUUAGUCCUUGUCCUAGCACCACGAGAUACUAAGCCAGCCUCAUACAGCGGGACUAGGGACACAGCUGGUAACUGACCACGAGUGUGUCUCCUUAGCCUGUGUUCUUUUUCUUAGAUGUGCACAACAUUAAAAUUGGCAAAUGUGUAUUUUUACUCUCCCAGAUGCCACAUGUGCCAAGAAUAAAUCAAACGAUGCUAAAGCAUAAUAACAUUUAAAAAUAACUUUUAAAUACAUAUUUUCACCCUGACAGUGACCCUUGUUAUAAUUUAUGAUUUUUGGAAAUAUUAGUAUGUAGGUGUAAUUCACAGUUGUCAAUAUGCGAGACAUUUAAGAAUAAUUUAUAUUUUAUGUUCUUAAUAAUCCUUGGACAUUCAUUUUCCAUAUGUGACGUCUCCUUUUAACUGAAAAGCUUAAGUCCUUGUGUGUUAUCCUGCUGUAGUUAAAUAAAUGAUUGUGUAUUUGUUUUAUGGAUAGUAUUAUGAAUGUGACAUGCACAAAUUGUCCUCUUACAAUUUCAAGUAAGUAUAAACACUUGUGUGAUAAAUAUUAAGUGGACAUUUAUUUUAAUCUUUGAUGUGUGCUUUCUAUAAUAGCGGAUUUCCAUUCCUUACAAGGAUAUCUUCUGUAUGAGAUGGAUUUUUUUAAGUGUUCGUAACAGUAAAAGUCAAAUCUAUGGAAAAAAAUAGCUCAAAAAAAAACCCCUCGUAAGCUAUGAGUACCUAAUAAACA